GGCGGGGUGGGGUGUGCCCAGCCUGGUCCCACAGUCCACAGUGAGCGGCAGACAGAGGGGUGGCCAGUUUGUUGUUUUACCUAAAAGGUGUUUUCCACGUGGAGUAGGACUGAGAGGCACGGGUGGCUGAGGGGACCCGCCUUUGACGUGAGGUGCAGGUGUGCUCGGCCCCUUCAUCUGUCCAUCAGCUGCGGCGAUGAAAUACGUGCCGGAAGUGAAGAAGUCUCCGCCGUACCUCCUGAAGCAAUUCACAGUGUGUGACGUUCCUCUGUAUGACAUUUGUGACUACAACGUCUCCAGGGACCAAUGCCAGGAGUUCGGGUGCUGCUUCUACGAGGGUGUCUGCUACAAGAAAGCGGUUCCCAUUUACAUCCACGUGUUCUCCGCCUUGAUUGUGAUCAUCGCUGGGGCCUUCGUCAUCACCAUCAUCUACAGAGUCAUUCAGGAGAGCAGGAGAGAAAAGGCCAUCCCUAUGGAUGUCGCACUGCCACAGAAGUCCAGUGAAAAGGCGGAGGUGGCCUCAUCCAGCAGCAAGUUAGGGCUGAAGCCUCCGAGUCCUGGGCCUCCAAGUGCUGGGCCCUCGAUGAAGAGUGAUGAGGACAAGGAUGAUGUAACAGUGACAAUAACAGAAGCCGAAGAAACUGAGGACUGACUGAAACACAUGAAGAAGCGGAGAUUGGCAGAAUUAUCCAAAUGAAAUGGUACAGCAGGUGCACUGUUAACAGUGUGAUGGAAUGACCACCCAAUGAGAAAAAAAUAAAGGUAUUUUGAAAAUUGC